GGUGGCAGUAAUGAGCGUCUCGAGUCUACCACACGAGCGUACAAGGAUCAGCGGGACGAAGAAGAAAAUUGUUUUCAUUAGCAACAAACUUACAGCUGAAUGAAAUAAUUGUCCGAAGACGGACUAACCAAAUCAAAAGAAAUCAGUGUAAAAGAUGUCUUUUCUAAUGGAUGACGCCGCAGCAGAUGAGCCUGUCAAAUACAUCACGAACCCCUUGAGAACUACACAAGAACAUAUGAGAGUGCGUCUGGACCUGUCGCGGGUGUCCAGGAAGGAGCUGGAGGACAACUUCCUGCAGCUGCACGAUGACUCGCUGGUUCUCAAGCAACACAUCCACCAACAGGAGGACAAGAUCAAGAAAUUGGGCACCAAGCUUUUGAGGCUUGUCAAGGACCGUCGUCGGAUGGAGCAGCUUGCCAGUGGGGUUGGUCCACCAGUAUCGGGGAGGCUGGAUGCUGAGAAGGAGGAUAUGAUGGAUGAGUUCCAGGAGAAGGUCCGAGCACUUGAAGCAGAGAAUGAGAGGCUGAAGCAGCGUUUGUUUGUAGCCAAGCAGCAGCUGCUAGGAUCCCCCAAUGGAGCUCGCUCGCCUUACCAACGUGUCCAGUCCCGCAUCACCCCUGGCCCCAGAAAACAGGAUGAUGUCUCGUCUCCUUUGCUGACUCCUCCCAGGCGUGCCAGAAGUUUGGCAGGUGAUGACAGACCUCCAACCGGCCAGGCUUCACCAUACAUACAGAGCCUGCUGGAAGAGGCCCGCGAAAAGACCCGAAAUCUAGAGAACGUGAUUGAGUCGCAACUGAGGCGCAUUGCGCAGCUGGAGGAGGAGAAGCAGGUGGCUCUUCAGCAACAAAACAAGUCAGAACUCAGGUCGCAGAUCAACAGCAACGUCACCAUGAUCAAAUUGCAGAAGCAGCUAUCAGAAAGAUCCAAUGCCAUCGUGGAGCUACAGGGCCGUUUCCUGCACCUGCAAGAGAGUCAGCGCACACAGAAAGCGUGCUAUGACGCAGCCACUUCCAAGGUGGCCGAGCUGUCAUCUCAGCUGAAGGAUGAACAUCUGAAGAGCGUGGAGCUGAGGACGCAGCUACAGAGCUCGCAGGUGUCACAAGCCAAGUUACAGCAGUUACAGGAGCAACUCAGCGAGGCGGAGCAGGAAAAGGAGCUGCUAAAGGAGCAAAACGAGAAACUGGUCAACAGCAUGUUUGACGUGUCUCAGCAGCAGAAGUGGAGCGUUCAAGAGCAACAACUCAAGCAGCACAUCGUGCAGCUGGAGACAGCAUUGCAGGCUGACCUUCAUGACAAGAACCAAAUUCUGGACAAGGUCAAGGCUGAGAGGGACGCUAGUGAGAAGCUGACAGAAGAAAACCAGAAACUUCUUGUUGAGCUUGCAGAGCAGAAGCAGCAGCUGAAGGAGCUCCAAUGCCGCGUGGACGUCUACAGCAGGACCAAGGAGUACGAUGUGGCUGAACUAACGGAAGCUCUGCUGCUCAUCAAGGAACGUAAAUCUCAACGUGGCGGGGAGUUGAGCUUCCUCCAGGAAGGCCAGAACGGUCCAAGUGGUGGCAGCAUCAGCGAACAAGAUGCUCAUGCUGAAACCAUCCAGGAGUUGGAGAAGGUCAGACAGCUGCUGACCAUGGAAAGCAAAAUCAGUAGUGACCUCAAGGCGGAGCUAGACAUCGUCCAGAAGAAGGUGGAGCGUGACAAAAGCACUUAUACGCAGCAGCUGGAACAUCACACGCAGAUGGCAGCCGCCAAGGAUGCCAAGCUCCACAAACUGCAGGCUCAGCUGCGAGAUGUUGCCUACGGCUCCGUCUUCAAAGCCAAUAUUCCAGAUGAAGACGCAAUGCUCCAUCUAGAAGAGGAAGAGAACCUUGUGGAGCUUCAGAUAGUUGGUGCCACUCUGACGCCAGAUGCCCUGGAGACUCUGGGCGACCCUGCCCCCGCCACCUUUUGCACUUAUGCCUUCUACCUCUUUGACCUGCAUGCCACUCCGGUGGUGACGGGCCCGGCUCCCAAAUACGGCUUCACGUCAAAAUACGUGGUGAGCCCGGAUGACAACUUCCUGGAAUACCUCCAUAGGCACUCUGUGAGGGUGGAGCUGCACCAGGCUCUUGGACUCAAGUGGAGGACGGUGGCCAGCGCGCAGCUUCACCUGCACCGACUCCUCCAGAAGGACGGGAUGGUGGCCGGGAGCCUUCCGCUGGUUGGAAGUUCUGGUGAGGAGGGCUUGUUCGGGUCUCUGGACUACUGGAUCAAGCUGCGUGUUCCCAUCACAGAAAGUGGACGUCUGUACAAAGACAGACUGAUGGCGGCUGGAAGCCAUGAUGGGCAGUCCAGAUUGAAGACACAAGAGACAUCUCCGGUUCCAUCAGGAACCAGCAGCCGGAAUGAACUGGACAUCAGUGUGCGCAGCUGCAAAAAGCUCCAGUCCAGAUCCUUCAUUCAGCCCAGCCCCUAUGUGGUCUACAAGUUCUUCCACUUCCCAGACUACCCCACCUCCACCGUGCACGACUGCUAUGACCCUCACUUCAGUGACAUCAAGUCCUACUCUGUUGCGAUGGAUGCCUGUCUGGAUAAGUACCUGCGGUCCGAGGCACUUAACCUUUACGUGUUUGACUACAAGGAGGAGCAGAAGGACGUCUAUCUGGGCAAAGCCGGUAUUCCUUUGGAGUUGCUGGUCCAGGACAAGGAGAUCUCAGGUGAGUUUGACCUCUACGACUUUUCUGGACGCCACGUGGGCCACAUUGAUGUUGCACUCAAGUGGAAGUUUCCCUACGUCACUCCACCGGGCCUGCUCCAGACCACUAUAAAGUCUGCAGUCUUCCCAGUGGAAAAGCCAGUGGAGGAAGUGCGAGGCAGCAAGAAGGAGACCAAGGAAAGCCGAGGCCACUUUGAUUCCUCUCCGUCUCAUUCUGACACCAUUGCCUCAAAGGAAGCGCUACUAAAGUCCACAAAGAAAAAUCUGGGUAAAGAGCCACAGGCUGCCAGAAGAGUCACCUUCCUGGAAGACAUGCCUCUUGUCCAGCAGGCGUCGUCCAGGACGGUUCCCAGCCCAGCAGACGAAGAAGAAGAGGAAGACGAAGAGGAAGACGAAGACGAAGAAGAAGAGGAAGAAGAAGAAGAAGAAGAGGAGGAUGAAUCUUCUGUGCUCUCUGAAGGGCAGCUGGUGCCUUCAAGCUCCCAAGGCACCUCGGAACUGUGCGAUAUCAACCAAGACGUUCUUCAAGAUGGUGAGAUGGCGCCGGGGUGCAGACGAAAUCGGAGAGACUCGACUCAGUCUGACAGCGAUGACUGCAUUGUCCACUGCCUGGCCAGCAGCACGAAGGUGUCGGAGCGAGUGCGGGUGGAGGUCAUGUCUCUCAGCCUGCCGGCAGAGUCUCGGGUGUCAAAGGACAGCAGCAUAGUGCGUUUCUUUGUGGAGUACUCCUUUCUGGACAUGCCCACAGAAGAGACCCCCCUGUCGUUGCCCAAACCCCCCCCAGGAAAAAGUGUCAGCUUCAACUAUAGCAAAGUCAUUCCCGUGGACGCUGACACCAACAAGCCAAGACGCCGGCUGCUGAGGGAUGUCCUGCAAGGAAAGAACCCACACAUGGAGAGAAUUCGGUUCACAGUGGUGAGCGAGCCUCCGGAGGAGGAGGAGCAGGAGAGGGAAUGUGAAGAUGUGGGCGUGGCCUUCCUGAACAUUCCAGACCUGCUGCACAAACAAGGCAACGUGAUGGAGACAAACCUCAAUGUUAUGGACGGAGGAGAGCUGGUGGGAACUCUGAGCGUGUCUUUUGAGGGAUUGGAGACUCUGCGCGCCAUCAUCGAUGAGCCGAAUGCCGAGCAAAGUUUCCUCUGCUCGCUGUUGCGGUGACAUCAUCGUUGUCAGUCAGUUGAACGUCAAGACUGACAGUGAUCAUAUGACACAAAAUCAGCUAGUUGUGAGAUGACACAACAAGAUUUGAAGUGACAUUUGACCCAAGAUGAGGCUGUAGUCGACUGUCAGAAUGUAAUCCGUGUGACUGAAGACGGUUAGUGGAGUGAAGGAGUACUGUAACUCAUCAAACUCUCUUUACUGUCAAGUGGUCACAUGAUGGACCACACACGUUUUUAGUAGGUUAAAAUAUAAAUAUUACAAAAUCAGCUGCUAACCAGCUGCUCCAGUCCAGUCCUGGGCCUGGUCUUGGUCCCAUGACCAAGGUAAAGAGGACCCUUCAAGUUUGAGUGAAGUUGCUUUUAAACAAAUAAAUGUUUUCUAUGUGAAAAUGAAA